AUGGCUGAAGUUAACUUUUGUGAGGAAUGCAAUAAUAUCUUAUAUGCCAGGAGUGAUAAAAAAAAUAAAAAACUUAUUUAUGUUUGCCGAAGUUGUGAUUAUAUUUCAAAUCAACAAAAUGAAAACAAUAACAUUGUAGCUCGGAUUAACUACAACUACAACAGAAAGGAAGAUGUUUAUAUCCAUCCUGAAACAAAAAAUGAUCCCGCUCUUGGACGGGUUCGAGAUUGGAUAUGCAAACAAUGCGGUAACUCAGAAGCUGUUUUUUUACAGCUACCUGAAAAAAUUAGUUACAAUCCAAUGGCAUUAAUUUUUGUAUGUACAAAUAAAAAUUGUCAAUAUUGGGAAAAAGAAAUACAACAUUCUAAUUAUGAUGCUUCAAAUUAUAAUAAAAAAAAUGGAGACCUAUCAAAUCAAUUCAAUGAAAUAGAUUCCAAAUUAUACAUUAAACAUGAAAAUGAUCAUCCAAUGGGAGAUGGCAAUAAUAAGAGAUGGUCAUCCAGAGCAGGAAAUAAAUAUCCUCAUGUCAAAUCAGAAGUAUCAGAUCAUAAUGAAGAACAUGAACAAGUUCAAUUAAAACAAGAACUGUUUAAAAUUAUAUCAAGUAAUCAAAAUCCAGAGGAAGAUAAUCCAGAACUUGGUGAAGCUAGUGAUAGUAGUGUCGACGAAUAUUUUUGA